AUGCACGCCGUGCGGCCGGAGCUUCCGCGUAUGGACGAGCAUGCGUGGCAGCGUCCCUCGUUUGUAGAAACACCGGCAAUGCGCAUGCAAUGGUUUUACGAUAUGGUCGAGCGGCACGAGCACGAGACGCCGCGGCCCGGCGAGCGGGUGCUCGACCGCCUCGUGCAGCAGCACUCGUCGCACUCGCCGACGCUCCUCUACCCUCCCGCGUCCUCGCCGCCGAUUCCCCAGCGCGCAUCGAGUCUCAGCUCGAGCAAAAGCAUGCUCGAGGACGCGGCGUGGCCCGCGGAUACGAGUGCGUCGCGCUCCGAAAUCUCAGAGACGGCCGAGAUGCCCGACAUUACCGAAGUCGAGCACGAGCCGCGGACACUGCGGUUCGACCCGAGUCACCGUCUUGUGAGCUUCCCGAGCUCGGCUGCGCCACCACGCACGGGCUUUACCCGAAAACGCCAGCGCAGAGAGUAG